AUGACCGACAGCGACAGUGACAUCGAGCACGAACCGGCUGUUGCGGCGAAGAUCCAACAGCAGCAAUCGUACCUUGAUCCGAACAGCUAUGCAUGGUUGAUCCUCCGCCUGGCUCUAGUUCGACAAGCGUUUUAUCGUGUAAAGCAGUUCGUCGGUCUUUGCGGUCUCGAUUUUUCAGAAAUCGGCACGCAAAGUCCUUUGAUUCGUUGUUCCCUAUUGACACUGGAAGAGUGGAUGUACUCGAUUACGGCUGAAUUGGAUCGGUUUCCAGGCGGGUGUCCCGAGAACUUCUUGCGGUACACCGGCACUCUAUCCACCAAUGCCGGGGGACCGUCGCUGUGCAAGUAUCGCUGCAUCUUAGAACCGGGCAACACGCCGUUCAACUCAUUGGAUAAGAACGCACUGCCGGUGCGUCGCCUAUGGCUGUACUUGGUUCGGCAGGAGCACUUGAUGGAUGUGUUCAUCCGCUACAUCUUCAAGCCAAAGCGAACCAAGACUGGAUCUGAACACGAAACCUCUGUCCCUUUGCUCAGCAAGGAACCGCGGAAGAUCGUACAGCGCGAGCAGGACCCGAUCAACUGUUUCGCCGUCAAUCAGAGUCGCUAUGGAUGGAUUGUGGUCAGUUCCGGUCGAGAACUUCAAGAAAUGGACAUAUCGUCGAUUCUCUCUCCAGAGACCGACUGGAUGGACGAUCCCGUCCAUUUGGACCUGAGUUCAGCACAGCUGAAGAAGUAA